UUGUUUUCAGUUUUUCCGUGCUUUUCAUUUUGUCAUCAAGACGAAAAUAGAAAAUUCAAGCAACUAAAAUUAUUAUUGUGAUUGUAGUUGGUUCCUUUGCCUUUGUUUGGGUUCUUUGCAUGCUCGAGAUAGCGCUCCAGGUAGUAGCAUGUUACGUAUUAUGAAAUGACCGAGAAUCUUGCGGUGUCUUCUACUCUCAGAAUAAUAGUUUUUCUACAUACGCAGUGGCCUCUUUUUACUGAGUCUGUAGCUGUAUGAGCAGAGGGAUAAAAGUAGUUAGUUCAUUUUCUUGGAGAGGCAUGCGCAUUGCUGUAAAUGCCUGCUAUUGAAUCUUCAGCUUGCUACUUGGACGCUCUCCUAGGCCCAGGUGGUUUGAAGUCGCUGUCUGCUCAACGCAUAGGUUUUAUGAACUCUGUUGUGCCAGACAGGCACCAUGAACACUUGUCUCUGAAAUACAAGCCUGUGAACAAGAAGUUUGUCAUGCGAACGCAGGAGCUUAUCGUAAAUAAUGAGCACCAGGAGCCUGGGCCUCCAGUGGGUCCGCACCAACUUGCUGCUGACGGCCUGCCUAUACCGCGUCGGGUGUUGUGUGACCCAGUGUGUAUUAAUCUGGAAUGGACAACACCAUCCAAAGCAGGCUGUGGAUUAGUCAACCAAGGCAAUACGUGUUUUCUCAACAGUGUAAUGCAGUGCUUGUCCUAUACACCGCCACUGGUGCACUACUUCGAAAGUGGAGGCCAUGAUGAGACUGGUUGUGGUGUUGCUGGCUUCUGUGCAAUGUGCGUUCUCUCGCGUCAUGUCCACAAUGUCUUCACAAAGAACUGUGCAGCGUUGAAGCCCCAGCCGGUGACGAAAAACUUGACCAAGAUUGCUAAACAUAUGCGCAACGGUCGGCAGGAGGAUGCACACGAGUUCUUGCGCUAUUUCGUCGAGGCGCUGCAAAAGAGCUGCGUCAUUCCGUUCCCCGGAAAGUUGGACAAUCCUACCAAGGAGACUACUUUUGUUCAUCAAGUGUUCGGUGGAUAUCAUCGCAGUCAAGUGAAAUGUCUACAGUGUCACCAUGAGUCAAAUACGUAUGAUCCUAUUCUGGAUGUCAGCUUGGACAUCAAGCUGGCCAACUCGUUGACCCAAUCGUUUGAGCAGUAUGUCAAACCCGACCUUUUGGACGGUGCUAACAUGUACAAGUGUGAGCAGUGCAAGUGUAUGGUCAAGGCCAGGAAGAGCCUGUCAAUUCACCGUGCACCUAACGUUCUCACCAUUCAGCUGAAGAGAUUUGACUACAGUAGCAUGUUCGGUGGCAAGAUCAACAAGGAUGUCACAUAUGGCUGCGAGCUCAACCUUCGACCGUACAUGAGUGCGAAAAAGGGUGAUGCAAUGAUGUAUGAUCUGUAUGCUGUACUGGUGCACGCGGGGCAUUCAGUACAUUCUGGCCAUUACUUCUGCUUCACACGUACAUCAACCGGUGAUUGCUACUGCUUCAACGAUUCACUGGUGCGGCGGGUCAAUCUCACUCAGCUGCUCUCACAGCAAGCCUAUCUACUGUUCUACCGACGUCGUGUUGGUGGCAACACGCCGGUCCAGCCUAACUCGAGGAGCGAGAAGUGUCUGCCACAGCACCGCCAGCAGCAGCCAGUAGCCAGCCAGUGCAAGUCCGAGCCCAUGAUCGGCCCCAGACUACCUACACCCGCCAAGCCCAAGCCCGUGGAUCCGGUUGCUGAGAGUGUGUUUGGUCCGUUCGCCACGCCCAAGCAGGUUAAGCAACGGCCUAAAAUGGCGGCAGAGUCCGCGUCUAAAGGCUCCAAACAUGCUCAUCAGUCUUCUGAGGCGAAGGCGUCCGCUUCCGUCGGUUCCAACGCCAAUGUGCCUCCCAGUGGAGGAAAAGUACAGGACGGCUGCACUAAACCAUUGUUCAAGCCGAUCAAGGGACUCUCCACCAAUCCGAAGGCAGCAUCGAACGUCUUCAGUCAGCCGCCACGGAGCAUAGGUUGUGUUACAUCCAACUCUAACACGUCGUCAUCCGGGUCAUCGUCGUCGUCCUCAUCUUCGACAUCAUAUCAGCCGUUCAAUCAGGUUUCUCCGUCGAAGUCUGAUGACCAGCAAUCUCAGGCCAGUAAUAUCUCAACUGCUGGUUUAAGGCAUGCCAAGCCCUGUGCUAUUAUUUCACCGCGCCAGAACGUGAAAUCCCCUUCGCCCGUAUUUACUAGUGGAGAGAAGGACAUGCAUUCACCGAAGAAGGCAUCGCCCACUUCUCCUGUUGGCAAGGUUGCGCCAUCACCCGAGAAGCAAACCGGUACUUCAGAGCCAAUGACACACGCGGAGAAGCCAUCACCAAGUCAGCAGGCAGAGUCUCCCAUACCAGGAAACUGUGCAGAGUCACCGUCCCCUAGGAAGCCUGCCGAAUCUGCAUCCACUGCUAAACGUUUAACUUCUCCACCGCUAUCGCCUGCUGCUGUUGCUACUGCUACUGCGGUGGUGAACAGUACAUGUAAGACGAGCACAGAAGACGGUAAGGCUGUCCGUAACCAGCAAGUAUCACCACCGAAGCCGGGCAUGCGCCACACAAGUCCACGUCGCUCUGACACCAGGGAGAGCGCAGCGCCGCAGAAGCUGGCGGAAAGUCCAUCAGUGACGGUGCCACCAUCUCCCUGCUCUGCCGGCCGUACACUGAAACCCGUCUUGUCCUCAAUGCAGCCGGAGUUAUCUGCCUUUGCUCGCCUGGCCAACUAUUCGUCAGAUGAGUCUUCCUGCACCAGUGUGUCACCAGCUAACAAGAACAAGAAGAGAAAUGCACGGCUGGAAACGCGGACUUCUUCGUGUGAGAAGUCCGACUAUGGUAUAUAUAGUAGUAAGGCGGAAAAGCAUGAUACUGCAGCUGCAGCGGCGUCUAAACAUGCAAGCUCUGCGUUCCGUCGGUCAUCUGCUGCGGAAGUCGAUCAGCUGUUUGACGAUGCGAUUGGUUACGGCUCAGCCUCGCCAGCCUCGAUGCCAAGUUUUUCUGGGGAUGAGUAUCUCCUGGCUGAUAACAGAGUACCAGGAAACGGAGAGAGUUCACAUCAACAGGAGCAGCAGAAGAAGAGGAGUAAGAAUAAGAUACUGGCUAGCUAUAGCGAAGACACCGGUAGCAGCGCUUCGGAAGAAGAUAGUACUCGUCAACAACCUGCCAUGACUCCAAGGAAUAGUAGCGCGUUGCUGACCAAGCCAUGGCAUCAAUAUACAAGUAGCUCAGACAAAGAUCAAUCCCACCACCGGUCUUCGUCGCAAAACGUUGGUGUCCACGAAGAAACGACAGUGGCCGCUGCUUCUUCGACUACGGAUGACGUUGAGGUGGCUGAUGAUCGUCAGUAUGAACUCAACAAACCCAGACGCCUCAAACUGAAGAAAGUCAAAAAGGAGAAGAAGCAUAAGAAGGACAAAGAUCAAAAGGAGGGGCGUCGAGAGAAAAGGAAAAAGAAGCGACAUGUGCGCAGCGAUCCAGAUGAAGAGAGUCCACUGAAGCAUGCUGACAGACCGGCCCAUGCUGAGAAAUGGCCAGUGAAGCAUGCUGACACCGCGUUAUCCAGCACACCCUAUGUAUCUCCCGAUCAGUCUGAGAAACUUGUGGGUCACAAAGGCGCUGGCAAAGAGCACAGCAGGUCAUCUGCGAAGAAGGAAAGACAAGAGUACACCUCGUGCGAUUCUGAUGAUGUCGCCGCACCAGCAGUGCACUCGGGAAAGCGCAGGAAGCGCAGUCCCAGUGUGGAUGGGGACAGUCCCCCGAAGCGCACACGGCAGGACGACAGUAAGAGCGAGCACCGGUCGUAUCCGCGUGUCUACCAGUCGAGCAGCGGAAGAUCCAACGCCGGGCAUGGGGUGCCUGAUCGACAGAACAAGCAUGACGACCUCAGCAGACAUGCUGCAAAUGAUGAUCAGCCACAUGACCGGGAUCAGCAUAGCACCUCAGCAAGAAAGUAUGCCGCCAGCGACAAGAAUCAUAAAGCCAAGCACAGCAGCAGCAGCAAAGGCAGUGGCAGCAGCAGCAGCAAGGACUACAAGGACAGAGACAGCAGAGCUGAGGAGCAUCACUCACGCUCUCCCUUGCAUUCUCAUUCCUCACGCCAUGCUUACUCACAUGGACACACUGAGAGAUCAGCAGGAACGAGAGGAGAAUCAAGCCAUGCCUCUACCAGCGGGUACACUAGCCGUAAGAGUGAGGAAUAUUCUCAUUCUCACAACCACCACAAGCAGCAUGUUAGUCCCGAGACAGGUACUGCUCACGAGCGUGCCACUGGCCAUGAAGAUGCUGAGUAUGACAAGAGCAGGCACCGUCAUCAUUCGGAUGUCUCCGCAAAGGAGAGCAGACGGCGUGACGAAGAACGUACGCGUUCUGCUCAUGAGCGUGCCACUGGCCAUGAAGAUGCUGAGCAUGACAAGAGCAGGCACCGUCAUCAUUCGGAUGUCUCCGCAAAGGAGAGCAGACGGCGUGACGAAGAACAUACGCGUUCUGCUCACGAGCGUGCCACUGGCCAUGAAGAUGCUGAGCAUGACAAGAGCAGGCACCGUCAUCAUUCGGAUGUCUCCGCAAAGGAGAGCAGACGGCGUGACGAAGAAUGUACGCGUUCUGCUCAUGAGCGUGCCACUGGCCAUGAAGAUGCUGAGUAUGACAAGAGCAGGCACCAUCAUCAUUCGGAUGUCUCCGCAAAGGAGAGCAGACGGCGUGACGAAGAACGUACGCCGUCUAAGCAUGGCAAUCCUGACAUUCAUCCGGCAGACGCAGCUCAAUCCUCCUCCAUGGCCAAGACGUUGCUCCGGCCAAACAUGGCACUGGAAGUGGACGACCCGAAUUCUCCCUCGCUCACCUACCCGUGUCGCAUUCUGCAAGUCAACGACGAGCAGAACAAGCUGUUUGUUCACUGCGAGGGCUGGCAGUCGACGUGCGAUUUCUGGGUUGAGAGCAGUUCUGGCAUUCUACAUCCUCCAGGCUGGUGCGAGCAGGUUGGAGGUGAACUCCAGAAACUGCAAGCCUUAGGAUUGAGUGACUGGGAGAGCUACGCACUGGCGAAUGGUCUGACGCUGGCACAAGAUCAUCUUUUCAAUGACUACCAGAGGCGAGCAAGACCUAGCCCGAUGAGCACCUCCCAGCGCCCGAAUCCUGGCAACGUCGUUUUCAGCGUGCAGGGUCUGCGACCGGGCAUGGCGGUUGAACUGGACGAUCCUGUUCAGCUUAGUGCCACGGACAUCUGCAGCAUCAUAGACGUUGAUCAAGUUGGCCAGCGUGUGCUGCUUCACUGCGAAGGCUGGAGUGCGGACUGGGACUUCUGGAUCGGCGUCCACGCUACGGCCAUGCACUACAUGGGAUGGUGUGCCAGCCAGGGGCGAUCACUGAACAUGCCAGGCACUGGAGACUGGCAGACGUACCUGACCGAGCAUUAUCUGGUAGCGGCCACCAAGGAUCUAUUCGACGAGCGCAAGCCUGCUUCAAUGUGUCAGUGGGAUCGUUUUGUGUGCGGCCAUGCAUUGGAAAUCACUGACCCCGCCAACAAGACUUUGACUUACCUUGGUUCGGUGGUGGAUGUUGGUCCUGAGAGCCAGAGCAUCCGAGUAACCUACAUCGGCUGGAAGAAUCACUGGGAUUUCGACGUGGACCUUCGCACUAGCACUGAUGUGCACCCUAUCGGCUGGUGUCAAACGGUGGGUUGCAAACUCAUUCUUCCCGGCGAUUAUAAGUCAACUGUGGCUGACUAUUUGAAGGUGGUUGGCAUGACCGCAGCACCGGCCAGCCUGUUCUCAAACUGUCAGAAGCAAGGUAUGCCGGGUACAGCCCCGGCCUCCUCCGCCACCACUAGCACUACCACUAGCACUAGCACUCCUACCGAAAGUGCCGCUGGCGUGCCGCCGUCCGUUCAUCGGGUCUGCGCCGGUACGCGCCUGGAGGCGGUGGACAGAAAGAACCCCGGCAUGACGUGCGUGGCGUCCAUCAAUCAAGUGAACGCUGCCGGUAGCCGCGUGGAGAUCCAUUUUGACGGCUGGUCGGAUUCGUACAACUACUGGUGCGAUCUCACAGACAAUAGUCUACACCCAGUGGGCUGGUGUGUUGCUAGUGGCAACACUCUCCAGCCUCCCAAGGGACUGGCGUUUGGCAGCUGGGAAUCCUACCUGUCGCGCAACAAUUACACGCGUGUGCCCAUCGGUGUCUUUACGGCUCAGCAGAAACGUGGCAUGAGCACGAGUGCUGCGAGCGCUGCCUAGUGUAUAGUGUUUGUCGCCGUAUUGUCUCUCUCCGUACGGUCUCUCUCCGUACUGUCUCUCUCAUCUGCAUUAUAGGCGCAUGCUCGUUGUAAAUAAAAUCAGUAGUUGUCUUGUCCCGCAGUGGACUCCUGCGUGGCUUGCAGGCCGAAUACAACCUGGUGUUCGAAUCCCACGCCUCCGGAGAGACUGGAGCCUCAAUCUGGGCCGCGUCCUCUGCUCUCAAUCAAGUCGGCAUUGGCAUGCGUUUGGAGGCUGUGGAUGUAUAGAAUCCCGAUAUGACAUGCGUGGCGUGCUGGGCAUUGCUCCUCAUUCUCUCUCCUGCCUAAGCUGCUUUGUUCAACCUCAAGGCAUGCACACUAGAAACUCUCGCCGCUGCCCUAUUGCGCUGUCUGCUUCUAUUCAAACAUCUCCUCUGUUCCUUGCUUACCGCCACUGGUCUCCUCCCACAAAAUCUAAAAUCCUGCCAAUGUUACAAUGCAUUUAUACAGCUAGUAUGCUGAUAUACAGCCCUGCCCUAGCUCCCCUGCGCUUCUCUUACUUUUGAGUUCCCCUUUCAUUCUUUUUCUUUCUUCCCUUUAGCUCUAUCACCGCCAUGGCUGGCUAGCACUCACAUCACCUGGUCAUUGGCUAGCGCCACGUGAUUUUGGAUGAAUAAAUAAUAAAGCUGCUAGGUUCUCCUAGUUCACGGUGAGAUCCUGGGUGGGCUUUCUUCUCCCUAUGUGCAGGUAAAGCGCAUAUGGACAGAGAGGAGUCGCACAGAGGUCGCGAUGGAGCACGUUCUCGCCACUCAGAUUCUGCACAACAGCGGGUGUCUAACCGUGAUGACUCUGAGCGUGGGAUUUCUAACCGUGGUGACUCUGAGCGUGCAAGUCAGAAGCAGGACAAGAAGUCGGUUACCGCAACACGGAAGAGCAGGGUGUUGGAUGAAAGUUGGUCAAACUCUAACGGUG